AAUCUCUUCUGUGAAGCUCCAGGAUGAAACAGCGAGUGCCUCCCUGCUACUGCCCCCUUGUGGCCCGUUGGAAGCACUCAGGCUACUGCUCAGGCUGAUCGAUCACAAAUGACAGAAGAGGUCAAGUCGCACCGCAGCUCUGACCGGCAAGUCAGCAACUGCACAGUAAAGACUCCGCCCACUAGACCUUUGAACCCAAGGAGCGAAGUGAAGAUGACAGUGAAGGGGCGUGUCGACAUCUUGGGGUUAUUAAGCUUGACUUGCCUAAUCGUCUUAAUGUGUAAUAAAUGCAGACUUCAACCCUGGAAAUGAAGCGGUGAUGCAACAAGGCAGGUAAACAGAGCCGGUGCCACAGUGUGCUCUGCCCACAUGCUCGCCCCAUGUCUCCUCAACCUGCUCCUUGAGAAUUCUCCUUAAGACUUGUGGUGCUUCCUAGUCGGAGUAAGGCAGAAGAUGGCCGAGGAUCCGGUGACUGUACCGACGAGCAUCUCGCCACAGAAAUCCAGUGAGCCGGACCACGCCGAUGCAGCCCUUCCACAUCUGGACAUCUGGUCUCCCAGCAGGGGUCGCAUGUUCUCUGGGCUCCUGGCCCUGAACGUGAUAAUCCUGGGGGCAGCUCUAGUGGUCUCCGCAGCUCUUAAACCACAAGGACUGAGGCAUCAUGAGGACCUGGUCUUUCUCCUCUUUCUGAUGGCUCUCAGUAUGGUGUGGAUGACUGGGCACAUGAUACGGGAGAGAUGCAGUCAGGGAGCAGGUCCUCACACAGAUCAUCAUGCCGGGUCCAUGUGGAUGAAAGGUUCCCUCUUCAUUUUCGGUGCCUUCAGCUUGCUUCUCCAAGCGUUCAGGAUAGGCUACUACAGUGUCAGGCUGGACUGUGAACCUCUCAUUGCCCUGCUGCUCUCAGUCAUGCAGAUCCCAUUCAUCGCCCUGCAGGUGUACUUUUUAGGGACCAGUGCCAAGAAUUGCAUCCACUUCAGAAAAAACUUCACCAGAUUCGGGCUCCUGCUAACCCUCCUGACUAACAUGCUACUCUGGCUCUCCGGGGUGACUGACGACACCAUCCACAUGCAGAUAGAAGCGGAUGGUGAACCCGGUGCCAACUCCACACGCUUCCAACCUUGGCAAACAGCCUCGGGAUUUAACAACACAUCUCUCUGCCACUGCAGCCAGGAUGUCGUGUGCUCCGUCUUCCAAAGGGGCUGCGAGCUGCUGUACCCCUUCAACAUUGAAUACCAUCUGACAUCAGCCUGCAUGCUGUAUGUGAUGUGGAAGAACGUUGGCAGGAGGCCUCAUCACCAGAACCCUCCUCCCAGCCCCCUGGAGAAGCUGCAGCUGGGGGCUCGUCGGCUGAUGCUGGGCUCAGCCCUGGGGACCAUGUGCCUGAUAGCGGGUCUAUGUAUCUUCAUUCUGUACCAGGUUCAGGUUGGCAUGCAGAAAGGCCGCCAUCAAGCCUUCUUGCUUUUUUACAGCUACCACCUGGUGGUUUUGCCCGUCAUGUUGUGCUGCUCACUGGUUGGGACAAUCAUUCACAGACUGGAGGACACAGAAGUGGACAGCAGCCAUAAUCCCUCCCGCCGGCUGGAUAUCUCGCUUCUGAUUGGCUCGUCUCUGGGUCACCUGGCCAUUUCCUACUUUUCACUGGUGGCAGCACUGGGGGUGGUGUUUCACCAGUUGUCCAACUGGUUGGAUUUCACCUAUUCCUUACUCAGCCUUUUUCAGGUGGUCUGCCAAAAUAUCUUCAUCAUUGAGGGACUGCACCGGCCAACUGUCGGGAAGGAUUUCAUAUCGGAAGAAGAACAGUGCAGCCGGAAUGAAAGUCAACAACCUAAGGAAGACAAUUCCAAAGAGCUGGAAGAAGUAGUGCAGUCAAGAAGAUCAUCUUCAGUAACCGAGAGGAGUGACUUCACCACAGAGGAAUCUUCUGCCAAUGCUUCUCCAACUGGGAGUUCCACGUGGAGGAGACAAGCAGUGAAGGAGAUCGCCAUCUUCCUCAUUCUCACCAACAUCAUGCUCUGGGUCAUCCCUGCCUUUGGAGCACACCCUCAACUAGAAGAAGGACUGGGCAAGGCCUUCUUUGGUUUCCGGAUAUGGUUUGUGAUCUUGAACCUGGGCCUGCCACUCGGGGUCUUUUAUAGGAUUCAUUCAGUCGGAGGCCUGCUUGAGGUACUCUUUAUUUCCUGAAGCUGUUAGCAAGACUUUAGUGGUCUGGACUAAAUUAAGGAGAAAAAGGAAUCAUCUAAAACUCCAGGAUGCAACAUGUACUACCCACCAAGGAGGCGAAUGCAAACUCUCAAGGCUUGUGUUGACCUCCCUCAGUGUCUCAGGAGGGCACAUCAACCUGUUCCCCUUAAUUAUCCACUAAGUCCUUAAGUUAAACGGAGGACAUGAGAGACAUAACCCCCGGCAUCAAAGCUGCCAUCAGCGGUUGAAAUUGUGAUGACCCAAAGUAGACUGGAAUCUUGUCCGUGUUUUGUAGGAGUAACAAUCAAGCAGAAUUUCAUAUCCUUAAAGCUCCAGUUCUACUUGAUAUUGUCAUGGAAUAUUAAAGCAGGGAAACACACAAAUCUGAGAAAUAAUAGAAGGCCAUUCAGUCCAAGCUUGUUCGGUUAACUGCCUUUAACAUUUCUUCUACUCAUGAUUAAAACCAAUGGUAGAACACUGAUGAAAAUUGAUCUUCAUAUUAUUAGGGCUGAAGAGUUUAUAUUUGUGUUCAGAGUCCCAAGACUAUAAAAAGCAAAUCAAGGGGCCAUUGCUUUGUUACCCUAAAUUUGGACUGAAGAUAUCUUCAAAAACAAAUGGGUUCCAAGGGUAUUCAGGAGAAAUAAACUCCAGCCAGUACUAAAAAUGUUUGGUUAUCACCUUUCUGGUCUUAACAAAUGAAUUUGCUCUUGCUGGAUUUGAACCAUGUCUGCUAUUCCGGUAACUCUCUCUCUGCCUCUUACCUUCUGUCUUGUUCUCAUUUCUUGGUCAAAAUGUCUCAGAAACUGGGUCAGGGAUACCAGGUCAGUUACAGUGGGCCUGAUAUAUGCGAAUCAAGACCAAGCUACAUAAGAGGAGAUGAUCCUCAGGUCUAAGUGCCGACUCAGCGAACAGCAGAAGAAGGUCAACGCCAGGUUAGUCAUGUUUAGGUUUUGCGUUUCUCCUUGGUUUGCUCAGUUGGCUGUCUGAUCGCCUGUUAACAGUGGCAUGCUGGCAAUAAAUGGGUGACCCUCUCAAUUAACGACGCACUGCACAUUCCUCUCAAUGUGAAGAGACAGAGCACAAGAGAAAAGUACAUCCUCAUGUACCCUUAAUAAAAAUUUGAGGUCAUUCAGCUACAUUAUAUCAGGAUGAGUGUUGCUGUUGUUAU